AUGUCUGGUGCCGGAGGUCCUACGGGACCCUCUCAUGAGCAUCAACCUACAGUAGAAGAACAAGACCAACUUAAGAGAAGCAUUAAAAAGGUAAGAAAAGAGGGAGAAGGUUUCACUGGCACUCAACUCCUCCUACCGAGAGAUGAGGAAUGGAUGCGAGACAACAUGGAAGUAGAGAGAAACUUUAAAGCUGGAAAAUCUUUUGCCGAGAUGGUAAGAGGUGGACCCACUAAAGACCAAAUGGAAGAAGACAUCGUUGAACUUGGUAAAGAAGGAAAUAUAAGCAAUGAAGAUGGCAAAGAAGAGAAAGAGCAUCGGGGAGAGGAAACUGACACUUGUAACACAGAAAACAUAAGAGUAGAGAAGACAAAAGAGGGCCUCUAUAAUAUCGUCAUUAGCGAUGCUAUUGAGAGAGAGCUUUGGAAGCCAUGGUGGAAUACCUUAAUAGUGAAGUUGAUGGGUAGAAGGGUGGGAUAUGCUGCUAUCAAAAGAAGGUUAGAAACCAUGUGGAGCAAAAAAGGGACUGUAGACGUCAUCGACUUAAGCAACGAUUUUUAUCUAGUCAAAUUCUAUGCUAGUGAGGAUUUUGACUUUGCCCUCAUGGAGGGACCUUGGAAGAUUUAUGACCACUACCUAACCGUCAGAUUGUGGGAGCCAAACUUUAAUCCACUAAGAGCUACAAUUGACAAAAUCACAGCAUGGGUGAGGUUACCGGGUUUGCCGAUUGAGCUGUAUGACAGAACCAUAUUGAGGAAAAUAGGUAAUCUUAUUGGAAGAACGGUGAAGGUUGACAAUAACACAGCCAAUCUGUGUAGAGAAAAAUUCGCCCGUCUAUGUGUAGAGGUAGAUCUCACCAAACCUUUGAUGGGAAAGUAUUUGAUUAAUGGAGAAGAGUACCAUGUGGAGUAUGAAGGAAUCCACCAAAUCUGUUUUUCAUGUGGAAGAAUAGACCAUGAUCAACAGCAUUGCAAUGUAAGAAAAGAGAAAGAUGUGGCAGCAAGAGUGGAAAACAGCGAACAAAGCACAUAUGAAAAAGAAGAAAAUCAGUAUGAGAAACAAAAUGAGCAAAUUGCAGAAGAACCAGCAAUGGAAAGCAAUUUGAUCAAAAAAGAUAAAGGCAAGCAAAUUAUGAUAGGGCAGAAUGACAACUAUGGAGCAUGGAUGGUAGUGCAGAGGCCAAAAAGAGGAAAGAAGACUGAGGAAACCAAACAGGGAGGCGGAUCAAGCAGAGCUAAAGAGAAUCAGAGCAACAAAGAAAACCAGUCCAGAUAUAGUGUUCUACAAGUGGAAGACUCGACACCAGAGCAUGAGGAAAGGAUUGAAGAAGCACAAGGAGAAGAUCAAGGAAACAACAAUGAUACUAUAAAGGAAAACAAAACUACAAAUAGAGAAAAUACACAAACAAAAGAGAAGAAGAACGCAGAAAACAAACUGACCCAAUCCAAAGAAAAAAUAACAGAAGUGGAUAAUAGAAAAACAGGUAGUAAAGCUACAGAAAUUUUCGUGACAGCACCACAAUACAAGAAAGAAGGAGAGAGACAAAUAGAAAAAAAGCACACAACAAAGGCCACAAAGAAGUCAUUCACCAUAAAGAAAACUGGCUGGAGGAAAAUUUCUCCUCACCAACAAUAA